ACAGAUGUCAUUGCUUUUCUAAAAAAGAAGCAGAAGGAAAUAGGUUUUUUAUUUUCUAUUGAUGUCGAGGAUUUGUUCUACUCUGUACCGCAUACAGAGCUGUUUAAGUCUGUCCGAGAGUGCAUUGAGUGUAAUGGAACUGUUGCAUUUCAAAAUUCUGUGGGCAUUAGUGUGGACAAGUUUAUGUCGCUCCUCGAGUUUUACCUUCGGGCGACGGUUGUUUCCUUUGACUCAGGCUUGUUUGUUCAAAAGAAAGGGAUAUGCAUUGGAUCUUGCGUUGCCCCUGUGCUGUGUAAUAUUUUUUUAUCUUCCAUUGACCGGGAUUUAGAAUCCACGUUUGACAAAGGCACUGUCCUGCAAAUUUUUAGAUACGUGGAUGACUUUUUGGUAGUUUUAGCAGCUGAUUUUAAUCUGACUUAUGACAACACCGUACAAAGCGUAUUAUGCUACUUUAAAAACCUAGGGAAAGGCCUGAGUUUUACGCAUGAGGUGCCGCUGAACAAUAGCCUCCAAUUUUUAGACAUAAACAUUAGAUGUUGUGAUGGAAACGUGUGUUGGAUGUAUUCGCCAAGAGCAAAGAAAGAGCUGUUACCGUAUAACUCUUCACACUCUAAAACGGUAAAGAGGGCCAUCGGUUCUCUUUGCCUUGAAUCUGCCCUGACAAAGUCAUGUGAGCACAUGCUUGAGACGAGCUUCACCGCCCAGAUAGAGAGACUAAAAAACGCUGGCUUUCCCAGUUCUGUUUUGUCAGCUGUUGCUGAAACGUUACUACAAAAAAUGAAAGGAAAAAAGAAAACCAAACAGACAGGUCCAGAGCAGAGGAUACCACAGGUGUUGCACUAUACGCACCGUGUAGCGCAUGGCUUGAAAAAAGUGGCGUUCAGGUUUGGAGUGUCCGUGGUAUUUUCCGCACCAAGGAAAUUGGGUGGUUUGUGUGCACGCAUCGGGAAAAAGAAGAAGUUUCAGUGUGAGGCGAAGCAUGGGAAGGUUUUUGUGAAGUGUGUUGUUGGCGUGGUGUAUGCAAUUCCAUUGACGUGCGGGAUGUUAUACAUAGGCCAAACAGGGCGUUGUGUGAAUUUUAGGGCCUGGGAACAUUUCAAAUCACUUGAGAAAGGCACAGGCUCCAAUCUAGCCCUUCAUUGUAAACAGUGCAAUUGUAAGCCACUGCUGAACGAAAUCAAGAUUUUAGGCAAAAGCCAUGAAAAAUUGGCACGGGAAAUUUUGGAAGCUUUUCAUAUUGCAAAGAGUGGUGAAGCAUGCUGCAGCGAUAGC